AUGGCAAACGUCCUUGCAACACAAAUGGCUGUGAGCUCCGAGGAAAUGGACAAAAUGCCUCCGUGCAGUAGCUUCGCAGGGUGUGUGGGCCCCAGCGACUGCGACUAUGGCUGCAGGAUGCCCAGCCUGCCCCAAAUGUCUUUUCCUCACCAGGGACCUUCACAGACCAGCAGACAAGAUCAGCAUCACCAGUUCGCUGGAGGCGCCUCGGGUUUUGCAAUGCCAGGUGUGGUGUCGUCACCUGCUGAACGUCCCAUGCAGGUGCAGCAGCUCGCAGGCAGGGGUUAUGAGCCGCCCAUGGGAACGGGUGAGCCUCGAAAUGUGUCUCAUCUUGCUGCUCUGGGAAAUGGAGGAAUGGCAAGUUGCACAGCACCAGCCAUGCAAGCAUGCUCAUUCCAAGGACUUGGGAACAUGUUUGGAUCGGGGGGCACACAUCAACCAAGUCGACAGGUCGAUAUAUUUGGCUCUGUACACUCCAGCAGGGCAGCUGGGAUGGAGAGCAGCAGUGGCGUUGAGGCUGGCAAGGCCAUUGAGGGUACAAGCAACACCAUUGCGGAACCAUCAGCGACAACAUUCCCGGCCGAUGUCCCGGUGCUGGUCUCAGACACUGGCAACAUGCAGCUUGUGUGCCAAGUGCCGGGAUGUGGGAAGGAGCUCGACAAUCUCAAGGAAUACCACCAGAGGUACAGGAUAUGUGACAUUCACAUCAAGCUUCCUCAGGUGGUGAAGAGCGGGCGACUGCAGCGUUUUUGCCAGCAAUGUGGAAGGUUUCAUGAUUUGUCUGCCUUUGAUGGUAAUCGGCGCUCCUGCCGUGACCAACUGAACAAGCACAAUGCACGCAGACGCAAACGAGCGUGCCAGAGGUUGAGGCCUGAGAUGGCUGAUGUGGAGAAUUUCGCUGGAGAUGACUCGGAAGUUGGUCGCUUCCUCCAGGGCCUGCUGAAGAGCCCUGGCCAUUUGAGAACUCUGAGAUUGCUUCUGGGACUUCCGUCAAACAAUGCACUCCCACCCCAGAACCCCAUGCCAGCACCGUACACCUCCCGUGCCAAUGGUGCACUGGGAAGAUGCUCAGAGUCAUGCCAAUGCAACAUGGGUACCUCAGAUCCUGCCACUGAAGAUCAUUCUGAUGGAGCGCUAGAUUCACAAAUCGGCACAGUGGGCGGCCCCACACAGCCCAGUGCUGAAGAUGCAUCUCCUCGUGACAAAACGACAUACAACCUGGCACGCAAGAUGGUGAACUGCAAAGGGGAUUUCAGCUCCUCCUUUGAAUCAGAUGAGCGCCUGCAUCGACUCUCUAUAAAGCUCUUCAACAAGACGCCCUCCAGUUUGCCUCCAGGACUGAAGGGCGACAUCCUGUCUUGGCUAGGCUCUGCACCAACUGUAAUGGAGGGCAUGAUUGCUCCUGGCUGUGUCCUCCUGACUGUGCACAUGCUACUGGCAUCACAGAUUGCAGAAAAGAUAGCCAUGGCUGGGGUGCAAGGAGUGGUGGCUCACUUGUUGCAGCAAGAGCGUAGCAAGAUCUGGAGAACUUCAACAAUGGUGGUGCAACUUGGUCAACAUACUGCAGUGGUUGAUGGGGGGCAGAUCCACUCCACACUGAAUAUCGGAAAUCGCAAUCGCACCCCAGGGAUAAGAAAUCUUUAUCCUGUGUGUGUGUCUCCCUCGUCGGAUCGAGUCGUCACGUUGGAGACACGAGCUCUGUGCUGCAACGAGUGCCAGGUGUAUUGCAGGACCCCAGAGUCUCCUCUUAGGAUCAACACAUGGCGCUGUGAGGGCACCCCAGAGAUGUUCAAAUGUCAUUUCGGGCCAACAUCAGGAACCUGCCUUGCUUUUGUGGAACUGGGCUGUGGGGCAGUCCUCAGCGAGCCACGGGUGCUGCUGUCGGUUGAGGAUGACGAUGUUGCAAAGGAAAUCAACAGUCUGGCCACCAACAAAGAGGCUGCUGCACGGUUUGGAGGCAAGAUGGAUGAAUUUCUUAUGGAUGUGGCGCUUGUGUUCCAGAAUACGAAUGGAAAAUGCAGGCAUCACAUUAGCAUCAAACAACUUGGGAAGAAGGCCAGGCGGUUGCUUGGCUUUGCAUGCGAUCAUGGGUGUAUUGCAUUGGCGGAGAGACUGUUCACUGCAGCCACAUGGGGCUGCGCAUCUGUGGAUGAAGCAAUCCAGGACUCGAUGAGCACAACAGGGCUCUCACUGUUGCACAGAGCGGUCAGAUCUGGCAGCACGACCUUGACCAAUAGGCUGAUGGAGUGGGCUUGGGCAAAUAGUGCCGAACUUUGUGGCUGUGGCAAGGGGAGGUAUGGAAUCACUCCGUUGCACUUGUCAGCGCUCUUGGAAGACGACGGGCACAUGGUGGUGACACUGUUGUCCUGUUGUGGACCCCAAAUCUUCACCACUGCAAUGUCGGAUGAUGGUGUCACACCCUUUCACCUGGCGCUUCAAAUGGGACAUUUCCAAGUGGACAAACUGAUCGUCUUCCUCCAAUCCCUCAGGAAGAAGCGGUGUUUGAAUUCAGCAUGGCAUGACGCGUGCGAGACCUGUGACUCACCGCUGCCCCCCCUCCUCCUUUCAAUAAUGGCCUCUUGCGGACUGUGUGGCGCACAGAAGCUGCCUGCACCACAUUCGGCGCAUGCCAUCUGCUCUGCAUCGACCCCCAAAGACAAGGGGACCACCAACGUGAUGGCCAGAGACCGAACGUGCAGCUCAGAGAUGGCUCUGUCUGCCGUACCCAUAGCUCCGAAGUUGGAGCCUUGCGACCAUGAGGAUAAUGUUGUGUAUUCCAUUACGGCGAUGUGCCAGACGUGCCACACCGACAGGGUGCUCGUUGUGUUUUAA